AUGUAUAAAGAGUUAAAUGGUAAAGAUCAGUACAAGAUCCUAACCCUUGAUCUUGCCAGUGAGAAAUAUCGGGAGUUUCCCAUCCCAGACCCAAUCGAUGGGGGUGACAUUGAAGAUUAUACGCCGGAUUUGGGGGUCUUGGGAGACUAUCUGUGUAUUUGUCUUACAUUAUACGACUCUCAAAGGGAUGUUUGGAUUAUGAAGGGAAAUGGAGUGACAGAAUCUUGGAGCCCGCUUUGUUCUAUUUACCUGCUUGGGAAGCCUUUGUUGUUUUCAGAGAACAGGGAAAUGGUUCUUUUGAUGAUGGAGCGCAAAGGAUACAAUAGACUAUAUUGGUAUCAUUUGGAGAAAAAGAAUUUCAAAAAAGCUUUUCGGCUCCGUCGGCGUCCACUCACAGCAACCAUCUGUCGGGAGAGCCUUUGUCUUCUUCUUGAUGAAGAUCCUAUUAAGAGCUCUAAGCAGAGAAAAUUUUCAAGCGAGUGA